AUUUAUCCACGUUAGGGAAGGAACUCUGACAAAAUAAAAGCCACGUAUUCUCCCGAGUCUUCUCUUUAGCGGACCUAUUACGAUGAACCGACGCCGUUUCGUCCAACACACCCGCGCUCGAUUCUAACGGAACAAAGUCUCCGACUAUUCCUCCCAAUUUCCCCUUCGAUUUUCCCGAGAAAAUCUCGCUCUGAGAAAAUCUAGCUCAGUCACCGCGACACUUAUAUAUCCACAGCACUGUAUACUCAUGGAUCGGAGGAGAAACGCGAGUCCUGUUUACGCGCGGCAGUGGAGUGGUGGUUCCAGCAGCACCGGCUCGUCGUCACCGGCGAUGUCUCCGGCUCAUCCUCAGUCGCGCCUCGGUGCUUCUUCUACCGGUCUCUCCACCGUCAAGCGCACGCAAAACGUGGCUGCCAAAGCCGCCGCGCAGCGCCUCGCUCGUGUCAUGGCGUCUCAGAACGCCAUCGUCGACGACGGUGAAGAUGAAGACGAUCUCGAUUUCCGGUUCAGCGCUCCGCCUCCUGCGUCUCUUUCUUCUUUCUCCAGCAACGCCAGCAGUAACAGGAGCACCAGCACGAAUGCCUCCACUAUUCCUCCGAUUUCGGUCGCCAGGCCUAACAGAUCUCCUUCUCCUGCGUUAGGUCGGAACUUUGUAGAGCAUACUCAUUCGGUUCGUUCAACAUCAGCUGGAAGAUCGGGGGUUUCUGUUCGUUCAGCGGCAGUGGUGCCACCGACCAAAUCCACACUCCGAACUCCAAUGGCUAUACCUCCUAUUGACCCUCCUACUAAUCGGAAUAGAGAGAAAAGUGAUGGUUUCAGGUUUCCAUCAGAUAUAUCUAUCAGGCCCCUUAACUCAAAAGACACAGGAGACCAGCGUGAAGCGUCUGCACUCCGUGAUGAACUUGAUAUGCUACAAGAAGAGAACGAGGCUUUAUUAGAAAAGCUAAGACAAGCAGAGGAAAAACGCCAAGAAGUGGAGGCUAGAAGUAGGGAACUUGAGAAACAGGUUGCUUCCCUUGGAGAAGGUGUAUCCCUGGAAGCUAAACUGUUGAGCAGGAAGGAAGCUGCUUUGCGUCAAAGAGAGGCUGCUCUCAAGGCUGCUCAACAAACACAGAGUGGGAGAGAUGAGGACAUCACUGCCCUUCGAGUGGAAAUUCAGAACCUAAAAGAUGAUGCUGCAGCAACUUUGGAGCAGCAGCAAGAAGCCGAAGCUGAAGCAAAGGCUCUUCGCACAAUGACUCAGAGAAUGAUAUUGACCCAAGAAGAAAUGGAGGAAGUUGUCCUAAAGAGAUGUUGGCUAGCCCGCUACUGGGGUCUUGCUGUAAAACAUGGCAUAUGUGCAGAUAUAGCACAAUCCAAGCAUGAACAUUGGUCUUCUCUGGCUCCUCUUCCUUUUGAACUUGUCAUCUCGGCUGGACAGAAGGCUAGGGAAGAAUCUUGGAACAAAAGUGGCGAUGGUCCAGAUAGAAGCAAACUUGUUCGUGAUUUGAAUGAUCUUGCUGGGGAAGGAAAUAUUGAGAGUAUGCUUUCAGUGGAGAUGGGUUUGAGGGAACUUGCUUCCUUAAAGGUUGAGGAUGCUGUUGUGCUUGCAUUAGCCCAACACAGACGACCAAAUACGGUUCGACAGACUGUUUUAGAUUCCAAGUCACAAGGCGAUGCUAAAUAUUCAGAUGCAUUUGAAUUAAGUGAAGAGGAAGCAGAAGACGUUCUUUUCAAAGAGUCAUGGUUAACCUAUAUCUGGAGAAGAGCUCUGUUUCAUAGUGUGGAAGAAGAUAUUGCAGAAGAGCGACUUCAAUAUUGGAUUGCCCGCAGUAGGCAGGCACCAACUUCACAUGAUGCUGUUGAUGUUGAGCGUGGCUUGGUGGAGUUGAGGAAGCUAAGUAUAGAACCGCAACUUUGGGAAGCAUCUCGGAAGGGAAUUGAUCAGCCCCAUGGGUCAGCAGAUGCUAAUCAUAAGCCUGCCACCGACUCUGAUGCCUCAUCCUGAUUGUCUGGGCCCCUUAGUUCUUAAUUGAUUCUUUGUCCUAUAUGUAUAUUUUUUGUUUUGUUUUCUACACAAGUUUUUCAUUCUGUAAACAUUUCAACAUUAUAUUCGGGAAUACAAAGAAAGCAAGAAUCUUUACAUUGCACCAGAAGCAGUGGGUUGUGAUAA